AUGCCUUCACAAUACGAAGCUAGCUCAGGUCUGUCAAGCUCCACAGAUGCGGUCAUUCUACACGUCGACUUGGUGGCCGACAAGCUUGAACCUCUCAUUGAUCGCCUCAGAAAUGGUUCCAUUGUACCAGGACAGAAGAGGAAUCACUGGUGUAUUGGUUUGGCAACAUCACAAGAAGAGUCAAUUCAAUUGGAUCCAAAUACAAAGGGCGAUUGUUCGCUUGAUAUCUUAGUCAGCAAACAUCAUCAAACUCAGGGAAACAAUAUCAAGCAUAUCCGAUUGUCAGUGAAGGAUGGGUUGAAGUUUUCACAAGUGAUUGAGCUUUUGUUGAACAACAAGCACGAUUAUUAUCGAUUUGACCAGAAUCAUCAAGGGCUACGGCAAUGGAUUAUUACCACGUUGGCAUUGUUGUUUUCUGUGGGUUAUCUCACGAACGAAUCUGAGGUGAAGGAUGCAAAGGCCAUUGUCAAGAUUGUAUGGAAAGGUCAGGACGAACCUGUGGAGGAAGAAAACCAGUCUGAAAUGGUUCUUGGGACCUUUUUUGACCCGAAUGAGCUUUGA